CAUCUCGGAAUCGAAAGUCACACAAUUCACUUCCAUCCGUCGCGCUUUCAACAUCGCGGUCGCGGAAUAAAUUUUUGCUAAAUCUGUGUGCUAUUAAUGUUUCUUUCUUUUCUUUUUUGUCUGUGAUUUCGGGUCGUUCGAGUGCUGGAAAGUGGCGUUUCGUUUUUGUGAUUGAUGCGGGUUUCUGUGGGUCUUUCGGGAAGUAUCCGAACAUGGUCCGAUGAUGGUGUCCAGUGUCUUUGGAACGGGGUGUUAACUGUGCCACUUGAAGAAAUUCCCUUGGUACGUGGCUCUACGACCACGGACUUCAAUUUGGUGGGGUUGCCUCUAGAGUGGAUCGUCGUGUGAAGGAUACACCGUACGUAUGCAAAUGGCAUUGCUAAAAGUGAACGUGUGUCUGUCCGUGUUCAAAUGAGUCCCCAGCCCAGUGACCACCUAUGACGGCGAUCGGGCCACUUAAGCUCGGGUGUUGUCGAAAAAAGAUGAUAUGAAGAAGUUCUGCUCGGUCCAGAAAAGGGCGUGUUACGUUCUGGACACCCAACCUGGUGGUCUUGUCCAAAACCUUGGCCAUCGAGCCAGGCAACUAACUAAUCUGUGAAGAAGAAUACCUACCGAAGAGAAGAGCCGCCCAGCCGUGGAUUGUCAAGUGUGUGUUUCAAAAAAUACGUGCUGGUUGUUUUUUAUGGAGAAAGUAGUGCCCACCAGCAACAAACCUAGGCAGCAAGAAACCAUGUCGCGUCGCAUCAAUUUGAUCGGAGUGUGUGCGGUCAGUGGGUUGUGCAUCCUGUUGCUCUUUGCGAGCCACCGGUUCACGUCCAACAACUACGCGACCGAGUACUUUAAGCCGCGCGAACGCAACGCCAACCUGCGGCUGCUGAACGCGCACAAGUUCUACGGCUCAAAGUCAUUCAGCGGGCCCUCGUACGAUACGAACCCGCCCGUUCCGACGCCGCAGAACUCGACCGUAACGAUCGAGGAUGUCCUCAACUACCAGCGGUCCCGGAUAGCGGACGAGAUGGCCGAGUUCGAGUACCCAAACGGGGCGUACAGCAACGAGGCGACCAAGCUGGCCGACAUGACGCCGGAAACGGGCGGGACGCCCAUCCGGAGCAUCAUCAUUACGACGUGGCGCUCGGGGUCCACGUUUUUGGGGGACAUCCUGAACUCGAUGCCCGGCAACUACUACCACUACGAACCGCUGCUCGACUUUGACAUCGUGCAGAUCCGGGGUCCGCCGAACGAUCGGAUCGCGAUCCACAACCUGAGAAAUCUGCUCAAGUGCGAUUACACCGAGAUGGAGAACUAUCUCGAGUUUGGCAAGACGCACAACUAUCUGUUCAGCCACAAUACGCGCCUCUGGCGGCACUGCCGGCUCUUUCCGAACUUUUGCUACGACCCCAAGUUCCUCGGCCCUUUCUGCCAGCUGUUCCCGAUGCAGAGCAUGAAGGUGGUCCGCCUCCGGGCAUCGCUGGUUACGCCACUGCUCGAGGAUGAAAGUCUAAACGUGCGCGUCAUCCUGCUCAUUCGGGACCCGCGGGGGUCUCUGCAGUCCCGCAAGCAUCGGGUGUGGUGCCCCGGCCGGCCCGACUGUGACCACCCGCCGACCGUGUGCAACGACAUGCAGGCCGACUACGAGGCGGCCGUCGAGCUGACCAAGCAGUAUCCCAACAAGUUCAGAGCGAUCCGCUACGAAGAUCUGUCGAUGAACCCGUACAAAACCACCAAAGAGAUACUCAAGUUCUACGGGCUGCCGUUCGAUCCCGCCGUCGAGGAGUUCCUGGACACGCACACGAAGCUGGACAUUGGCGGGGUCAGCUCGACGUUCCGCGACUCCAAGUCAACCCCGUUCCACUGGACCAAGGACCUUACCUUCGAGGAGGUGAAAGUCAUCCAGGACAGCUGCGUGACGGCGAUGAAGUCCUGGGGCUACCGGAACGCGUCCAGCGAGCAGGAUCUGCUCAACUUUAACCCGCUGAUGACGUUCGAUUUGUCGUGAAAGCCGGCCGACGACGGGCGGCUCAGCUGAUCGGGCGAGGAAGCGGCUUAAAUCGUAAAAUCGGGAUAAAUAUGGUACUUGGUACUUCGUUCUGAACGGAGAGACACACACCCACACACAAGUGCGAACCGUGUGACUACAAUUUGUAAUAUAGAACAAGAGCAUCUGUGAUGAACUAGGUAAAAACUAAUAUCGAAUAGUGUGUUUGUGUGAAUAUGAGUGUAAUGUGGGCGUUACUGUACUGCAUUAAAUAACUAUUAAUCAUUACAUAAAUAUUUAUCGUACGUGUUCGAAGAACGGUCCUCUGUCCUUUGUUACUCCGGCACUAAAUAGGAAUACGGAUUAGUAGCGGAUUUUACACUGGCUGAUGUCACUAGAAACCCGAUUGGUUGUAGAGUGUGUUAAUUAUCAAUUUGUUCCGAAACCUGGAUAGUAGCCAACACAAGUUUGAAAAUACUACGCAAUUCUUCAGAAGCUCUCUCAAAAAUCUGACCCCUCGCAAAAUCGUUCUCUUCGGCACCACUAGAACAAAAAAAUUCGCUCGUUGCAAACGCAAAAGUUGGUUGUUCCCCACCCACGUCAGUUUGCACACUUCGCGUUCAGUUUGUGCUGCUCUUUUUCUUUUGACAAAAAAAUGCGGUUGAAAUAUAGCAAAUCAACAUGAUCGUGCUAUCAAAUUGCACGUGCAUUUUUGGGCUGAAUUUUGACGUCAUUUUGAACAACAUUUUGACCUUCACAGAACUCGAUUUAAAUCCUGUUAUUUACAAUGCAAACGUUAAGAACUCCGUGCAAUGUUGCCACUUAUCAUACAAGACAUGUUCCGAUCAGAUUUGGUACCACAAAGUAGUACUUCUAGAAUAUUUCGUGACCAGGGGCUGAUAAAGCAUUGCGAAGCCUAAGUUCACCUCACUUUUUUCAUGAUGGAAGCAACACUUGAAGUGUUCCUUGUGAAGUGUAAACUUCUUAUCUUAUCUAUUUAGUUUUCGUUUGUUGAUUUUGUUAUUAUUCACUGUAACACUACCGGGAAUUAUGUGCAUUCAAACUAUUUUCAUAGCAGUUAUUUGAAAAUUAUAUUAAACUCCAACGAAUUUAGAUCACUGAGGAUAAAUCAAAGCCAAAAUAUGAAUUUCUCAUUAAACAUCAAACUUUGAGUUAAAAGACAAAAUUUCUAUAGGAAAUUCCAGCAUUUAAAGCAGCACAAACAUCAGUCUUUUUCAUCGUACAUAUCCAAAUUUCUUCUAACAACCACGUGACUCGCGCAUUUUACCCCAAACACAGUGUCUACCCUUUAUCUUUGUAGUAACAAUAAAUGCAACAUAUCGUUAAUAAAUUUGUAGCAAGCCUACCUACUCCGAAUAGAAUUCGUAAACGUUUUAAAUGAUUAACUACAAUAAAUCCCGAACUCAGAAGCCUCCCUUCUUACUCGGGAGCUUAAAAUAGUCGCGUAAACUUCGUAAGUAAAGAUAGACUAUUUGUUUAAACACACUACAAGAUCACAGGCAUAGAUAGUUAGAUCGUCAAUAAAUAAAAAAAAAACAAAACUUAAACUAACAAUACAUAACAGAUAAAAUAACAUUUUUGAUAACACUACUUAAAAAACCCAAGUAAUUAGAGUGCCUUUUAAUCUGACGCGGAUUGAUGCAAAAGCUAACGGAUUGAUACCAAAUUAUCACAUGACAUAAAACGAAAAUUGAGGAAAAAUAACGCUACACUAUAACAUAGGAAACGCAAAACAAUACAUAGGAAGUAACGUAAGAAAAUAAAACUCUGAACAAUCUUCGCAGAACGCUGACUUUCCGCCUCGAAAGGUCCUACACUUUUUGAAACUGCGCGGCGACGGUCCUACUCUUUAUCGCACACUUGCAGAACACAGUAUACCUAUAUAGGCAAACAACACUUCUAUUUACAAUUUAAACAGAGAAAAAAAGACAUUUAAUACUGUAGGAGUGUGCACACACAUGCGUAUAAGAUUGCAACGAAAAGCUGCUGUUGAUGGUCAAACCAGAUUAUUUUGUUUGUGUCUUUCCGAUAAGUAAAUUACAACUCAUGCUUAAACUAGAGAGCAAAACACAGAACAGUUUCACAGAGAAAUAAACAAAAAAAAUGCAAAUUAUUGUAGUGUAACGUGUAGAAAAUAGUCCGAAUAAUCGUAAUUUAUUGAAACCCAGCAGAAUUAAACACACGAAGAGAAAUGUACGGAAAACAGCCUAUGCUCAAGAAUUGGAAUAAAUCUUGUCUGAUGAAAAUAGAA